GGAGCAAAGGGGCGAAGAUUUCUGUACAAUUUCCGCGUGACAGGGGUCACGAUAACAACACACCGGGAGUCACGAUUAGAACACACCGAUGUUUAACAAUUAAGCAAUUUUUUUCAUCAAGUGGCUUUUCCCCCAGAAUUUCUCAAUGCUUUGCACGAUAUUAUCUGUGGGCACAGUAAACCGAUCGUGAGAAAGUGACCAUUUCAAACUCUGGGAGUUGCACAGAAUACACAAAUGCCGGGGAUCAAUACGAACGCGCCAAGGUAUGACGCCUGGGCGAUGGAAUACGACCGCUUCCAGCACUAUUUCUACGAUGACCACGAAACGGACGAAGAUUUCUACAAAUCGACCGCACCGAGCGAAGAUAUUUGGAAAAAAUUCGAACUGGUGCCAACCCCGCCCAUGUCACCCAUCCGAUUUAGUGAAGGUGGUGGCGGCGGCGGCGGCACAGUGUAUCCUUCGCCGGGCGAUAAACUGGAAUGGGUAUCCCAGUUCUUGGGGCAGGACGACGAUCAAGAGGGACAAUAUAAAAUAGACACCGAGGAGAUUUUCGGAAACCUGAGUUCGAUUAUUAUCCAGGACUGCAUGUGGAGCGGCUUUUCCGCGAGCCACCAGCUGGAGAAAGUUGUCAGCGAGCGUCUGUCCGGUUCGGCGCUCACGAAACUGCCCCUGUCUCUCCAGACUAGUACAAACCAGUCCACAAAAACGCAGAUUGCUCACCAGGACGCACCUUUUCUCAACAGUUUGGCAACAGAUUGUGUGGACCCAGCUGCUGUUCUCACCUACCCGUUCAGCGGCAGCUGCAAGAAGCAGCCGUCGUCAGGGUCAGAGUCCCGAACCGACUCCUCCGAGGACGAGGAGAUCGACGUGGUGACGGUGGAGAGCAAGCAGAACAAGCCGCGGCUGCUGAACGGGCGCAAGCCGGUGACCAUCACGGUGCACGCCGACCCCCACGACCCCUGCAUGAAGCGCUUCCACAUCUCCAUCCACCAGCAGCAGCACAACUACGCCGCCCCGUCCCCCGACAGCUACCCCGACGCCGAGCCGCCCAGGAAGCGGGUCAGGCAAGAGCCCGCCCUCCAGCAGCCGCAGCAGCACUCCCCCAGCCCCAGCUCGUCCCCGGAGAAAAAGCCCAACCCGCCCCCUGCUGUCACCGCCUCGUCACCGCCCCUGUCCCCGGCCCACUCCCCCAGAUCCCAGCCGGGGAGCCCGCAGAGCUCAGACUGCGAGGACACGGACAAGCGCAAGACCCACAACUACCUGGAGCGCAAGCGGCGCAACGACCUGCGUUCCCGCUUCCUGGCCCUGCGCGACCAGAUCCCGGGCCUGGUGGACUGCCCCAAAACGCCCAAGGUGGUGAUCCUGACCCGGGCCAGGGAGUACCUGCGGCAGCUGCAUGUCACCGACAAGCACAAGGCCCAGGAGAGGAAGCAGCUCAAGUCCCGCCAGCUGCAGCUCCUCAGGAGGCUGGCGGACUUGAAGCGGUCCUAAAACACGGGGACCC